AUGUCUGCUUUCCUCGGUUUGAUUCGCCGUACUGGGGAUGAUCUGCGUUUGGCGCUCCUGACGCGGCGGUUGCGCUGGAAUCCCAACGACCUCCAGAGCCACGUGGCAGUCGCGGCCCUCCACUGCCGUGCAAGUGCCGACCGACGGCGACUGGAGGAGGCAGAAUGGCACUUGGAGAAAGUGCUUCAAAAUUCGGAGGAUCCCCAGUACUUGCACCACGUUUUGACGAUGGCUGUGGGGCCAAAGCUUUUUUACAGCCUUCCAGAGCUUUCUGCUCGGUUCAUGAGAAAGAUUGCUUUGCACCAAGAGUGCAUGGACGAGUUUGCCAGCCGGAGCGAAUUUGAAGAACGUGCAACACCAUAUCACUUUGCAAAUGCGCUGGCAAUUCUUAAAGCCAGCGGCAAAAGAGAAGCAGCCAAAGAGCUGUUUGAGGAGGCAACCGACCUCAAGUGGAAUGGCAAGCCUGCCAUAUCGUGGCAUUGCUUGGAGCAGACCCCAGCGGUGCACAUCCAGGGCUUGGAGCACCAAGCCUUUUGGGAUGAGCCGCCACCUUUGGCCAAGCUCCUGGAGGACAACUACGAAGACGUAAGGAAAGAUCUUCAAGAGAUGCAAGACUCCUGGGGGUCUUCUGUUCCUGCCUAUCCGAAUCUGGUGGAGACAUCUCAAGGCGCUUGGGAUAUGAUUCAACUCUACAGCUCACGGACAUGGAAUGCAGAUGCUUGUGAGUUGAUGCCUCGCACGAGCCGGUUUCUGCAGAAGCAUUUGCCAACGGCAGACGUGCCGUACAUUCACUACAAUACUGAGGAGGUGGUGUUGUUUCUUCUUACUCCAGGUAGCAAGGUGCGCUUGCACAAUGGUGGCAGCAAUGCGCCCAUCAACCUGUCCCUGGGUUUGACUGGAAGCGCUGGUGCCUUUCUUGAGGUUGCUGGUGAGGUGCGUCCCUUCCGAGAUGGCCGUGUUGUCGCCUUCGAUGAUGGAUCGGAUCAUCGAGUCUGGCAUGAUGGGCCUGAGGAGAUCCAGUUUGGUUGCAGUGAAAAUCAAAACGGACCACAAUUACUUCAAGACCAGGGGCUGCUAUGA